AUGACUAGUGCUUAUUUAUUUGAGCCUAAAUAUGAAAAUGACGAUGAAGUUGAUACUGUUUUGGAAUAUAAUGCUAUACAAUAUGUGAAUUACGAAAAUCGAAGUGGAACUCGUAAUUGGUGUAGUUGUGAAAAAUGUGUAAUUAUGACAACAAAUCUUUUAGACAUAGAUGUACUAAAUAUAACACGCCAUCAAUUAAUUUUAAAAUCUAAAAAUAAAACUAAAAGAAAAUUGCUAAGCGUAGAUGAACCUGAAAAUAAAUUAUGGAGGUAUUUAGCUUACAAAAAUUUUAUAUCUUGGAUAAAUGCGUGGACCACAAUUGGAAAAGGGAACCGAGUAGUAAUUCCAUCAUGUUCAAUUGCCAAGAUUAGAAGUUUGUUUCCGGAAAAAAAAUGGCAUUUAUAUAGGAUUCCGUCCAAGUGA